CAAUUUAUUGAUAAAAAAAUAAGUGUAAAUAAUUCCAUUUAAUUACGUAAUACAGUAGUAGAGCCUCUUCCUCGUCAUCGUUGCUAAGCCAUUCAUAACAAGGAUUAAGCUCCGGAGAGCUAAUUCCGGCCGGUGGAGAUAACUCCGGCCGAAAUCAUUGACAAGAUUUUCCCUUUUCAUUCAGAUGAUGAAGAUGGUGCCAAAUUGGUCAGGUUUAGAUAGCGAUCUUUUAUCAGAAAUAGCUGAUCGAAUAUGCCUGCGAGAUUUUAUCAUUUUCGGCAGGGUAUGCAGGUCAUGGCGAUCAGUUGCUUCGCCGGAGAAUUUCACCAAAUCGACCAAAGUUCCGUGGCUUUUGCUUGAUCAAGAAUAUGAUGAUCAUGGCCCGCGUAAGUUUUUCAACCUUUCCGAAGAUGUAAUUUACAAUAUCAACCUACCAAAACAACCUCGUGAAAUUCGAUCAUCUAUCAGCGAUAUAGAGCAUUUGAAUCCUCGUAGGAAGUUUUUUCUCAAUUCUAAAAUCAGGGAAAAAAUUUAUUUUUUGUGUUCGAAAGGAUGGUUUUUGAUAGUUGAUAGUAAAACACAACUAAGUCUUUUGAAUCCUUUCUCUCUCACAAGAAUUGAUCUGCCGCAUCCUUUCCCUCUCUCAAAAGAUUAUCCGAUUGAUAAAAGUAAUACCGUCAUCGAGCCUUAUAUUAUGAAUUUCGCCUUAUCCUCCAGUCCAAGUUCGUCAUCAGAUUUUACAGCCAUGAUUAUAUACCGUUUAAAUGAAAAGGACAGGGCAAGAUUAGCAUUUUGGAAAAAUGGAGAUCACGGCUGGACUGAUAUAGACUUGAUGUUCUCUUCAGAUUUUGUCGAUAUGACUUACCACAAUGGUCGAUAUUAUGCUGCUUACCUUAUCGAUCUUCAAAACGAUGCUGCUCAUCCUAUUGAUUAUCGAUACGGAUACGUCAUUCAUGAGAUUGACAUUCGAAACUCUUCAUCUGUUUCGAUACGCACCAAGUCAUUUACGAAUCCCUCUUUGAAGAAUUUUUUUCGAUUUCCAUUUUGGAUAGUGGGAUCAUCUCGAGUGCUGAUGAUGGUCAUUUGGAUAUCGAAGUCUGCUUGGGAGAUAAGAACUGGCCGGCAGGUUUAUUUGCGCAAUAUUUAUUCUCAUGUCUCACCUAUUAUAGUUGAAGAGGUUGAUUUUGAGAAGGGAGAAAGUAAAGAAGUGAAAGAUUUGGGAGGUGGAGCUUUAUUUUUGGGAUUUAAGUCUUCUUACUUGGCUAAUGUUUUGAAAGACUCGAGAUUUAAGUCGAAUCACGUUUACUUUGCCGAUAACUUUCAAGGUAAUUGGGAGUAUGACAAACAAGGUGUUGGUGUUUACAAUAUAAUAUCGACUAAGCCGCUUUUUAGUAAGGGAGAUCGUGGUUUUGGUUGUUCUAGUCAAUGGAUUGAACCAAGACCGUGACCUUUAGUAGAGUAGAUUAUUUCUUCUUCUAAGUUCUAGGUCUUAACUUAUUUAUUGUGUAAACUUGACAGUAUUGGUGUUGUUUGUUAGUUAUUGAUCUUUAUUAUUUCUGGUUUUGAA